UUUGAGUUAAAAUCGCGUUUUAGUCCUCAUUUUUCGGAUCCGAACGUUGUGUUUGUAAGUUCUGCCUUUGGACCAUCAUUUCAGGUAUGUGAUGAUGGUGUUAUGCUCUGUGGGCGUGAUGAAGAUUCUCAAAUCAAAUUAGUCACUAGUCCCCUUACAAAAGAUGAAUUUGAAGAUUGCGAUGGGUUGAAUGAUGAAAUUACGGCCUACGUGGCUAAUCCAAAGGACAACAUAAUCCUAUCUUGUCAGUCUUCCCAUUCAAGAACAAUAGGAUCAAUUGCUUUGAACUCUUCCGCUACCCGUCUUGCGACUGGUUCCAAUGAUUGUACCAUCCGUAUUUGGCAUAUUGGCGAUCGGGAGGGAUUUGUGGCAAGUUGUAAAUCUCAUACGUCUAAAAUCACCUUGCUUCGAUUUCAUCCAGUUGAACCGUUUCUGUUUUCCUGUUCACUUGGUGAAGUCGAUGUGAUUGCUUGGAACACAGAGACGGGAGCGAAAGUGGCUACCUUGAAAGGACAUCAGGGAAACGUUACGGAUGUUGCAUUCGCAUCAUCAAAUGAUCAGUUUGCAACAUGUGGUCACGACAAAGUGGUAAUUGUUUGGUCCACUAAAACCAUGAAACGAAUCAAAACCAUACCGGCAUUUGAGAGUCUUCAAGCUAUCGUGUACCUCCCGUCUGGGUCUUUAAGAAACCACAUUUCUUCAGAGGCAGAUGGAAAUAAAAGUUAUCUCCUUACUGCUGGACAGUGGGGUAUCAUACGAGUAUGGUGUACGGAGACCUCUCGUUGCGUUUUGGAAGUACGUGGCCCCACUAGCCAUUCAUCUGAUUCAGCUGCCGUGAAUAAUCUCGACUUUGGUCUCCAUUCCGUAUCGCAUCUUUCACUUUUUUACGUCUCUGCCUUUCCGGACAGUCCCCACAUCUUGGUACUUUCUCGUAGAAGCAGUCACGUUGAAUUUUACAAUGCGGAGACAAUGAAACUCUUUUAUGAGUUUAUUGGUGAAAUAGGAUCAGUGGAUCAGUUGUGCCUAAUGGGCGCCUCGAAGAACCGUCUAGUUUUGACAGAUGUCUCUCCAAAUCUCAAACUGUUUUCAAAUCCACCCAGUCCUACUUCAAAUGGUUCGUGGUCAUGUCAGCUGGUGCAAAGUCCACAUACGGGUGUAAUUGGCGACAUGGCCGUCUCCAGUUGCGGUUCAUGGCUUCUCACCGGCGGCCAUGAUCAAGCGCUUUGUCUGUGGCAGCUCGAUGAACCAAAGGAAGCGGGGGGAAGGUUGCGGCUGUCAUCGAAAGCGUGUACCCGAGAGGCUCAUGAUGCUCACAUUUCGGCUGUCUCUUUUGCUAGGGAUUCUUCGGCGGUGUUUUCAGCAUCUACAGACGGCGUUCUCAAAACCUGGGAGCUUAAUCUCGGGGAUGUCGACAAGCCUGACGAACAACUCAACGUUUUUCAAGAGGGUCGCUCGGUUUGUGAUGCGCAUGAUGGAGCUAUUAACUGCAUUCAUGUCUCGAUCAAUGGUAGAUUCUUGGCUACUGGUUCCCGGGACAAAACUGCCAAGAUAUGGUCUCUGGACGGUUUGAUUGCCCGGAAAGAUAUGCAGCCGAAGCUGAUUGGUUCGCUGGUCGGGCACAAGCGAGGUAUUUGGUCUGUCCGUUUCUCUGAUCACGAACGAGUUCUUCUCACAGCUUCUGGUGACAAGGAUCUGCGUCUAUGGAGUCUUAAAGAUAUGACUUGCAUCCAUACAUUCGAGGGCCACGAAGAACCUGUAUAUCGUGUAGAAUUUAUUUCAAAGGGUCGGCAGAUCCUUUCCUGGUAA